GGAAUCGGAAAGUGAAAAGCUGAGGAACUAAACAAUGCAACAAUUGGAGAAAUUCGCGCACCUCAAUGCCACGAAAUGGCAGCAAAAUCAGCAGCAGACUCGCUGAAGUUAUGCCCCGGGCAAGAACUGUAAAUGAAACAACUUAAUUAGUAGUUGAAGGUCUCGAGGAAAGCGGCACGCGCUUCGUGCCCAGAAUCAGCUCAGCUCAGCUGCUCAGCUCAAGGAGGAGCAAGUCGGCAUUACAACGAAUUUUAGGAAAUAUUCGCCCAUGCUGCUUCAUUAGUGCGAGCGAAAGGUUUAAUGCCAGCGAAUGCUGGAGUCGUCCCAGCAGUGGCACGACCCCGAUCCGGGCAUCCUUUGAGCCUCAGCAGCAGGAAAAACUUUUGUUUUCGCGCUCGUGUCUCAGUGUUAGUGAGUGUGGGUUUGUGUGUGAGUGAGAGAAGCUGAAUAUUUUUUGAGAAAAUUAAAUUGAAAACAACAUCAGCAACACACAAUCCGCAGCCCCAGCGGCAGCGGCAGCAAAAGAAACGAGAGUUAAAACUCGUAUAUACCACGAGCACAACCUGCAUAUAAAUUAUUAUACUCCGCACAAUGGAUUUGGUAAAAUUGAAAGCAAGAACGAACCGAACUAAGAGGACUUCCACAAUGCACGUAACAACUUCCUAUACCAAUACCAAUGCCAGACGGUGCUGGCAGCGCCAUUUGGCUUUAUUCACGCUCUUCCUAUUUGCGGCUCACAUCAAUAUAACUUCCGGUCAAAUCGAUUGGGACGACGACGACGAUCCAGUUUCUACAGUGGCCGUGGAGGCAGUACUGGGACGCACCGCAUCCCUGCCGUGCGACAUCGAGCCGGAGGCUAAGGACGAUCGUGUGUAUAUGGUCCUAUGGUUUCGUGAGAGUGCUGGCAAACCACUUUACAGCUUUGAUGUGCGGGGGCGGCCGUUUGAGAAGGCCCUCUACUGGUCGGACACCAACUCAUUUGGGCCACGUGCGUAUUUCGUUACCGGACAGCAGCCGGCAAAGUUAUCUGUGGACAAUAUACAGCUGGAUGACGAGGGCGUUUACCGCUGUCGCGUCGACUUCCAGAACUCGCCCACGCGCAAUCAUAGAAUUAACUUAACGGUUAUUGUUCCUCCGCAUCAAAUACUGGUGUACGAUGCCUCCGGUCGCGAUGUUGCCGGCGCUGUGGGUCCGUUGCUCGAGGGCGAUAAUAUUGUGUUGACAUGUGAAGUGCGUGGCGGUCGCCCGGAGCCCACUGUCACCUGGCUUAACGGGACGCGCACCUUGGAAGCUGGCAGCGGGGUCUCGAUGGGUCGGCAUGUGACUGUCAAUCGACUGGAGGUACACCAAAUCUCGCGCUCCGCCCUGAACAACACGUAUCGCUGUCAGGCAUCCAACACAAAGCUGGUGGCACCCGUGGAGCGCAGCAUACGCAUCGAAAUGUUACUCAAACCCACAUCAGUCAAUUUAACCAAUAAGUUGAAGGUCUUCUCCUCGAGCACGCAAUACAAUCUCACCUGCAUUGUGGCGGGCUCGGUGCCGGACACGGAAAUCAGAUGGACACAGAAUAAUCGGCCCUUCAAACGUGGCAUGCUGUCAACGAGCCAGGGCAAUGGACGAGUUAUAUCCACAUUGACAUUUCAUCCACAACCUGAGGACGACGGCACCAUGCUCAAGUGCGAGGGCUCCAAUCCACGUCUGCAGAACUCAGCCAUCGAGGACUCGCUCAUGAUGAAUGUCAUCUAUCCGCCGCAGGUCACCUUGUCGCUGGGCUCCACGCUGCGUCCGGACGACAUCAAGGAAGGCGACGACGUCUACUUCGAGUGCCACAUCAAGUCCAAUCCCAAGGAGCAUCGCAUCAUGUGGUCCCAUGACGGACAACCGGUCACUCAGAAUGUCUCCUGGGGCAUCAUCAUAUCCACACGCUCGCUUGUGCUGCAGCGAGUGGGGCGCGUCCACUCGGGCUUUUACGCCUGCUCGGCGGCCAACGAUCGCGGCGAGACGCAGUCGGCUCCAGUCAGCUUGAGGAUACGCUAUGCGCCCGUCUGCAGCAGCAGCAGCAUCAGCGUGAUUGGUGCCUCGCUGGAAGAGGCCGUGCCCAUACCCUGCCGCGUCAACUCGGAUCCGCCCGAAAUCGAUUUCGAGUGGACAUUCUCGAGCAGCGGAGAGCACUUCGAGGUGCCGUCUGGACAUUAUGCCACCAUACAGGACCCCACCAUGACCACCACCAGCGAUGUGAGGCGCACCAUUGUGGAGGCCAACGAGACGCACUUCGAGAGCUAUGUGGAGACCGUCAGCGAACUGAUCUACACGCCCAAGGGUGAGCGGGACUACGGGACACUGGCCUGCUACGGCCGUAAUGCCAUUGGCAAGCAAUCGGAUCCGUGCCUGUUUCAGGUGGUGCCGGCAGCCAAGCCGGGGGCAUUACGGAACUGUACGCUGCGUCCGUAUGUGGUGACCUCCGCAUCGCUGAAUUCAUCGAAUCAGACGACAAUGCAUGCCAAUCAAAUGUUGCAAACACAAUACGGCAGACACGAGUCGAAUUAUCCGCAUAUGGAGUACGUACGUGAGCGCCAUAACAACAACGGCAAGAAUGCCACUGGCCACCGGAACAAUGCCGCCAAUAAAAAUAUGAAGGGCAAAACAAAUGCUAGCCACAUGAAAUCUAAUAAUAAGCAGACACAGCCACAGCCCCAGGCAGCGGGAUAUGUCCUCAGUCAACAGCAAUUGCAGCGCCUCAAAAAGCGAACGUCAUUUACACCGUCCCAGACAUUGGCAGCCAUCGAAAGGCAGCGCCAGAGGAAGCAGCAACAGCAGCAGCAACAGCAACAGCAGCAGCAUCAGCAUCAGCCAGAAGAGAGCAGUGGAAAGUCGUCCAAGGCACUGGCCACCGAUAAACAGGCUGAUGGAUUGCCGGCCAAGUCACCAAAGCAGCGCACGCGACGAGCCAGCCAAAGCCAACAGAGCCAACAGAGACAACAGAGACAACUGAAUUCAGGCACCAAGCUCGGUCUUGGGGCAUCAAUAACAAGCCAGAAGCCGAGUGAGGCAGCAAAAUCAAAUUUAUCAAUGUCACAUGUAGAGCGGACUGGAGUAGCUGCUGCAAGCGAGGGGGCAGGCGGCGGCGGCAACAAUGGCAAACUGCCAGCAAAGUAUUUUAAUAAGCGACAGAAAAACAUGCACGAACAGAAGAAGAAAGAGCUGAAGCUGAAGCUGGAGCUGGAGAUGGAGCUGCAACAAAGACAGCAAAGGCGGGGGGCAAACGUAAACGUAAACGAGCACAACAGCAAUAUAAUCCAUCAUUAUGCAACUCCAAAGCGAAGAAAACGGCAGGCAGCAAAUGACAUCUUAGCAACGGUGGCAGCAGCAGCAGCAUCAUCAUCUUUAUCUUCGCUGGCAGCUACAACAAAUUCAGCUGCGACAAGGGCCACAGCAGCCGCCGUGGAAACUGAGAAGGAUGCCACUGGCAGCAGCAUCAGCAUCAGCAGCAUGAGCAGCAGCAUCAGUAGCAGCAGUGGCGGCGUCGAGGAGAUGCCCACAAUGAGACGGGCACGCAAAUCUUUGGCCAUCAUUGGCAGUAGUAAUGUCAGCAGCAGGGUGAACAAACAGCAGCAACAGUCGCUGCCGCCAAAUGCACCGCAAAUAAGCAACAAGCCGGCAGCAGCAAUUAGCGGAAGCAAUGUAAAGGAAACAGCAGCAUCAGCAGCAUCAGCAGCAGCAGCAACAGGAGUCCGGGCAGAAGUCAAAGACAAGCCAGCAUCUAAUGAUCUUGCCAAGACAGAGGACAAUGCAGCGGAGGAUGAGACUAAUGAUGAUGAUGAUGACGACGACGACGACGAGGCAGACACAGACGCCGAGGCUGAAGCUGAAGCUGAGGCAGAGGAAGAUGCAGAGCCGGAGAAUGAUGACGAUGCAGACCUGGAUGAAGAUGCUGCUGAGUUGCAAACAGAUGCCGAGUAUAUGGCCGACGAGCCGAGCGAUUUGGGCGAGUACGAGACGGUCGAAGAGGGUUCUUCCGUCCAGCAUCAGCAUCAGCAUGUGGAUAUGUUGUCACUGGAGCAGCAGCUGGACCUGGAGUCGCUCGAAGAAAAUGUCGAUGCUGAGGAUAAUGAGGGUGACGAUGGUGAUGUCGAUGUCGACGAUAUGUACAACGUUAGCGAUGAUGACUUUGUGGCCAGUGUGGCCCUCGCCACCUCCGACACAACGACCACAGCGAGAAGCGUAACAGCAGUGCCGCCCCGGACCACCAGACAGCCAGCCGAGACCACGCCACCCACCUCCGCCGAGUGGCAGCAGCCGCAUUUUGACUACUCACGCAUGGAGUACAGCUUUAGCAACGGCGUAGUCACCCAGAGCCUGCUGGGCGGAGCAGGCGGUGUACGUGGAGCUGGAGGUGGAGGUGGAGUUGGAGCAGCCACAGCCCACGACAGCCAGUCCGGCGGGGGCACCAUCAAUUUUGAUAAUUACGACAACAUCAUCUACUCCACCAUGGAGCUGGAGUGCAUGCCCGGCUAUGAUGGCGGACUGCAGCAGCAGUUCUUCCUGGAGGCCUACGACUCCAAGACCAAGAAGCUGCGACUGAACAUGAGCAGCACGUACGUGGAUGUGCCAGUGUUUCGGAUCGAUCUGACAGAUCUGAUGCCCAUGGACUAUUUUCCCGAUGCCCAUCCGGCCUUGCAUUUGGUUGUCUACAGCGUCAAUCAGAAGGGUCGCUCCGAGCCGAUUGUCCUCGAGAAUGUGCCCAUCAAUGAGGCGGACAAGCGUUCAGACGGACGCAUGGGCCUGUCAAUCUUACCCCUGGCUGCUCUGCUCGCCGGCACCCUCUUCACGGUGGGCAUAGCCGUGCUCUCUGUGGUGGUCAUUGCUGUGCGUAGGCGACGCGGCCCGGGAGCACGGAACAUGUGCGACGACAAGGAUAAGCAUUUGGGCAUGGAUGUGACAGUGACGGCGCCUCUGGAAACAGGUGCUGGUCAUCAGCGGCUCGUUGUGGCUUACACUUUGAAGCAGGGCAUUGAAAAGCAGCCGGACAUACUGAGUGCGCAAAAAAGCGCAACUGGCAGUGACACAUCGUCGCCGCUGGGAAAUCGGCCGAGUGGUUUAUUUAUGGGCGGCGGCAGUGGAGGUGGUGCCGGCGGCGCAUCAGCCGCUCCCAGCUCUGGCAAUGCUGCUAGCCAUAAAGCGACGGAUUAUGAUGUGAGUGCGCCGCACCUGAGCAGCCCGCCCUCCCAGUCGAGCACCCUCCGGCUGGAGAGCGACACUGCGGCGGUCGUUGCCAAGGGCUAUCAUCAGACAUCAUCGGUGGCUGGGACGGGGACAGCUCCCCCGCUCCUAUACGAUGCCAUGCCCACGCUCAGUCGCUACGAGCAGCUGGGCCUCAACAUGGGAAGCUAUGCUGUCGGCGGGGGUGGGGGUGGGGGCAGCAACAGCACGCUCAGCUCGGCCAGCAGCACCGUUAACGCGGCCAGCAAUGCGCUGGCCAACGGUGCGGCUGGAGGCAGCCACUACGCCCAUCACUUGCACCAUACGCUGCCCCACAGCAUGGGCCAGCCCACAGCGGGCAGCCUGCAGCGGGGGGGCCAUGAUCCGACACUCACCCUGGCCGACUAUCUGACCACCAGCAGUCUGAUAGACUACAAUUUGAGCAAAGCAGCAGCCGCUGGAUCGCCGAUGUCCACCACCACCCUGCCCACCCACAUGACGCUGCCCAAGGGCCUGGGCCUCGGCUCGGUGAUGGCCGGCACAAGCCUGUCGCCGUCACAGCUCAACACCAUCACGCACAAGUCCAGUGCCGGACGCAAUCACAUCAUCACGGACACCUUGCCCGGCCCCGAAAGCUGCGUCUAAGCGCGGUUAAUGUUCGGGCAAGGACAAGGGUAUAAAUGUGGAUGUAUGGAAGUGGAAGUGGGUGUGGGGCAAGCACUUGAAUUCCUGGCAUCAAACAAAAGACUGGCGCACAAACAAACACUAACCGAAUCAGAAGCCGACUCAAAGUAAGACAAUGAUAGCGAACUACGAUCCUUGGGAACGGAUGCGAGAGCUAUUCGGCGGCGUCGCUUAGCAGUUAAUUCAUAGACCUAAACGCAACCCCUUAGAUAAAGUACGAAUAUCCAUUUGUAUUUGUAUUUGUAUUUAUAUGUAAUGCGUGUUUGCGUGUGUUUGUAAGUGUCUCUGUUCGUUUGUAAAUGUUUAAACUAAGUAAAUGUAUUCGUAGUUAUUUAUAGUUGUAUACAUACAUGCCUAUAUUUAACGUUCUCUGUACAACAGAGCCCUGCUGCAGUCACGAAGCGAUUUCAUCCUCACAUUGUGAAAGGUGAAACGAAAAUCUUCCAAACUUGGACGCCAGCUGAGAGCAGUGCUUAAUUGGACAGUAAUCUCGUCUAUAGUUGAAAUGCUACGUAUCGAAAAUCGUUGUUAAAUCUGUUUGUCCUGGCUGCAAAACCAACAUACAUACAUACUUACAUACAUACAUAUAUGUAUUCUCAACAUACAUAUCCCCCCCUCUUCCUGCCUAACCGAGAGCCUAUGCCACACUGAAAUGGGAGAAAACCAAACCGCAACUAUUUGAACUUGCCCACAUCCCCCCCACACCCCCACACCACCCCACGAUUGCACAAGAUCAAAGCCAAGUGUAUCGAAAACAGACUUGCGACCGCCCCAUCCCCAAAGCCAAAAACGGGCAAAAGUUAUAUUGGACACGUCUUGCGCCAUUGCGUGCCCAGUGCUGGCCAUUAUUUAACUUUUAAACACGCGCCAAAAACAGCAGCCGAUUUGAAUUUAAUGGGUAUGGUUGAAAUGUGAGUGGGCAGUCCUGUCCUGCCCUGUCCUGUCCAGUCCCUGCUAAUAGCAGCCAUGGCAGCCAACAAGUGAGCAAUAAAGAAAAGUUUAGAAAAAUAUGCGAUAGCCAACCCACACCAACCCCGCCUCUAGCUCCAUCCCCGACCCUUAAUAAGCUCACGAGCGAUUGAAUGGGGGUAUAGAGCACAAUAAAAGCGGCCGCGGCAGGCGACAAGAACCCAUAGCACAGAGCACAGAGAGCUGGGCACGGAUUUGUGCGCACGAUAGCGCAAAAUGAUGACAAUAAAUGGAAAAGUUUUUAAUAAGCUAAUAAAAUGAUUUAUGCGGGUCGAGAAAUAAAAGCGCAGAGCUCAGCUGAUUCCUAGAGAGCCAACCAACGCCAGAGCCAGCGGGUGAUGACAGUUUGGCUGAGCUGAGCCACGGUUUUUGGUCAGACACUUCAUUGAUUGUUGGUCGUAUUGGGAGUGCGCUUACCAGCCCUCAGCCUGAGACCUGAGACCACAACGAAUACAUAGGUUACAUGUGUAAAUAUAAUUUAUGGACAGAGGCUAGACCCGGGGGGCAGGCAGUUCAAAUAGUUGUUAGCCAUAACACACACUCUUUCGAUUAUUGUAAUGUUGCAUACCCGUCUGGAUCCGUCGGGCCCAUUGGAUUGGCAAUUGUUAUCAAGGCAUUAGCAUAUCAGAAGUACAUACAUAUUAAAGCAGCCACGAAAACGGUAAACUAUAUCAUAGACAAGGGCUAAAAACGACUUAUAAGUGUUCAAAAGUUUGUCAUAUCAUUUUCGGUUAUUUUCGAUAUACGUUUUCGACUUUCUAACGAAAAAAAAAAAAAAAACAAAACAAAAAUGGUUAUGGAAAAACAAGCAAAGAAUAAGCAAAAAUCUUCAAUGAAUUAUAGCAAUUAGUAAGAUCAAUGUAAUGUCAUAAUGUUUAAAUGUAAAAGUUGUAGCAUUCCAGGUAACUCUCUGAGUUAGAGUAAAUAGAGAAAAUCGUAAGCUUCCUUCAAGUUUAUAGGAAAACUUCCCCCGAUAUCGAGUCCAUAAGCGAAGCGAGUAGUUGAAUCUUUUAAAAGACCGAACCUGUAGAGCCACGCCUUUACAUACACACACACAACACAAAACACACACACACCCACACAGCUAACGUGUAAUCUUGUGCUAUAAGUAUUUUAUGAGCCUCAAGGAGAGCAUUCGUUGUACAUACAAUACAUAUGCAUAGAUAACCCCCACAUAUAUACAUACAUACAUAUACACAUCAUUGUAACUAUCUACAUAUGUAAAAAUGCUUAAAAUAUUUGUGAUAAAGUAAUAAUGUUAAUGAUAAGAAA